AUUUACGAAAUGUUUCAUCUCUGUGCUCAUUUUUAGAAAAAGUUCAGCUACUCGGUUAUUUAUCACUAAUGUUGUAUUUUAGUUGUUUAAUUCCGGCGGUAACGUUUCACACAGACCUGGGAGACCUGAAAAUAGAGUUAUUCUGUGAGCGCACUCCCAAAGCAUGCGAAAACUUUCUGGCGCUGUGCGCUAGUGGUUUCUACAAUGGCUGCGUCUUCCAUCGGAACAUUAAAGGCUUCAUGGUUCAGACUGGAGACCCAACUGGUACUGGCAAAGGCGGGACGAGCAUUUGGGGUCGCAAAUUUGAAGACGAAUUCAGUGAACACCUAAAACAUAACGUCAGAGGGGUGGUCUCCAUGGCAAACAGUGGCCCCAACACCAACGGCUCACAGUUCUUCUUCACAUAUGCCAAACAGCCCCACCUGGACAUGAAGUACACCAUCUUUGGAAAGAUCAUUGACGGCUUGGAAACAUUGGAUGAACUAGAGAAGCUGCCUGUGAACGAGAAGACAUUCCGGCCGAUAACCGACACCCGGAUCAAAGAUGUGACCAUUCACGCCAACCCUUUUGCUGGAUAACUGUUGUGCGUUACUUUGUGCUUCAGUGAAAAUCUGUGAAGAUUAAAAAACGCAGGAAAAAAUAAUAAUGUCUUUACUGAAGGCAAAUAAACCAUUGUGUUUGUUUAGCAAAUGCUCUAGACUUCUGACCGUUUUUUUUUGUACCAAAUAAAGUUUUAUACCACUUUUGUA